UUGCUUUAGGACUUUUGUAGUCUUUUGCAAGUACUCUUAUGGCUGUUGUCUCUGCUCCAUGCAAAUCUCAUUUUCUUUUUUUAUUCUUCCAGACUUUCUUCCUCUGAAGUGCGAUGCAUGUGGGGAAGUCUUCUGUAAAAAUCACAUCCGUUAUGAUGACCAUGAGUGUAGAUCUGCCUACAAGAAAAAUGUGCAGGUUCCGGUGUGUCCACUCUGCAAUGCCCCUGUCCCAGUUCAGAAGGGGGAAAUACCAGAUAUUGUGGUCGGAGCCCACAUGGAUAAGGACUGUAAAUACAAUCCAGCACAGCAAAAGCAGAGGAUCUUCACAAACAAGUGCUUAAAGCCGGGCUGCAAAAGGAAAGAGAUGAUGAGGGUAGUUUGUGAACAGUGUGGUGGCAACUUUUGCAUAAAACAUCGGCAUCCUCUGGAUCACGACUGUAAAGGGAGCAGCCAUCCCACCUCCAAGGCAGGAUAUGCAGCUCUGAUGAGAGCCUCCCAAACUGCCUUGAAGUCAACGGGAGCAAUUGGAGUGCCAUCUCAUGGGAGUCUUCAGCACAACAGAUGCAGAUAGUAGAGGCUCUUCACAUCUGGAUCAAACCUCUGUCUACUUUAAAGUUAAUCUUUUCUAUAGAAGUCUUUAAAAUUUUCUAUGCUAUUAAGUUAUUUUUGUAUCAUACUGUUCUAUGCAUACAAUAAACUGUCACCCUU